AUGGUCGCAAUCAAUGGUACAGAAGUAGGCAAGCUCGGCUAUGGUGCCAUGGGCCUCACUUGGCGCUCUGAGCAGACUCCAGAUGCCAAAGCCUUCUCGCUCCUGCGCAAAGCAAUUGACGAAGGCUGUACGUUCUGGAACCUUGGAGAGUUCUAUGGUAUGCCUGAGCCUACGCUCAAUCUGCAGCUCUUCAAGCGAUACUUUGAGAAAUAUCCUGAGGACCGCAGCAAGGUAUUCUUGUCUGUCAAAGGAUGCGUAGAUCUCAAGUCUCUGCAGCCAGACAGCUCCUCGGCCAACAUUCGCAAGUCGAUUGAGAACAGCGUCAAUACGAUGGGCACGCACAUUGACUUAUUUGAGCCGGCUCGCGUUGACAAGAAGCGCCCAAUUGAAGAGGUCGUGCACGAUUUUGAGACAUUGAUCAAAGAAGGCAAGAUCAAGUCGAUGGGUUUAAGCGAGGCUUCAGCAGAGACGAUCGACAAAGCAGCGUCGGCGGGCAAGAUUGCAGCUGUGGAGCAAGAGUACUCGCUGUGGGCCACGGAGGUUGAGACGAAUGGUGUUGUGGAUGCUCUCAAGAAGCACAACAUUCCACUGAUUGCUUACUCUCCCUUGGGUCGAGGCUUUUUGACUGGGCAGAUCAAGAGUCGCGAUGAUUUACCAGAGAACGAUAUGCGUCGCCACUUUGACCGCUUUUCUGAUGAGAACUUUGACUCGAAUCUUGAGGUGGCUAAGAAGCUGGAGGAGUUUGCAAAGGGCAAGGGUUGCGAGCCUUCGCAGUUGGCCAUUGCUUGGGUUCUGGCGCAACAGGACGUCCUUGGUAUAAAAAUUGUGCCGAUCCCAGGUUGCACGACUGAGGCCCGGCUGCUAGAGAACUGCAAGGGUCGAGACGUGAGCUUGUCUACGGACGAGUUGAAGGAGAUUCGCGAUCUGCUGGACAAGAUGACCAUCAAGGGUGGCCGCUACAACAAGCACAUGGAGGACACUCUUUUCGCCUAG